GUGAGCUUCGCAUUCGCUAGUAGUGACAGUUAUGAAGCGGUUUUUUAUGCAGUUCGCUUUCGUGUGGAUUUUUUCUCUUCGUUGCCGUUGAUUUGCGCGCUUCAGAGAAUGGUACGGCGAGUGGGUGCUUCCGGCAAGUGGGUGGCGGUGGAGUUGCAUGGUACGCUACGCCGUCUGCAGAUUUUAGUUCUCACGCUGUUCCCACAGCUGCCGUGAAUAGGUUUAUUUUGCAUAUGCCAGCCGUUCCUAUUUUCCGCUCAGUCUCAGAGCUAGUGAAUAUCACGAAUGUCAACUUGGGCUGCAAGACUAUCGUUUCACGUUGUGCAAGCUUACUGUUUACGACGGGCAUCAAAAUGAUGGCGCUAAAGCUUCGAUGGAAUGGCAUAUAACUCCUCGGGAAGUGCUGGGAAUAAAAAACAACGUGAAGCGUGUUUAUUUUUGGUCGCUUAUACGUCGCUCGGGUGCAUUUACGAACAAUGCUCGGUGUUCUUCCGGACCGUCCGGAACCGGGGAAGGGGAAACCAUGUACAUAACCACUUGUCACCUGCGGUCUGUAGGAUAUUAUAUGCCUCCUGUGGCGAUGAUGGCAAGAGAGGCAGUGUUUGUGUUUUGGAUGGUGCUAUUCGGAGAAACAAUGGAUUAAACGUUGCUCAUCGAAAUCGCAGACUAGUUUUCUUGGUCAAUGAAGAAACCUCUGGAGUUGGCAUUUUCUAUUGAAGGAUUUGAAGGAUAUAGCAGUAGUUCCUCGAGAAGGUUCAGUGCAUGGGUCUGACAGUGCAUAUGGUGCUAUAAAAUGAAAAAGAAAGUGAUAAAACUACAGAUCAAUAUUAUUGUCUAUUUUUUUUAUAUCUUCCUAUCCUAAACUGCGAAUUCUUGUGAAUUCGAGCUGAUAGAUUCAAAAUAAAAGUUCCAUUUGAUAAAUCCGUAAACAGUACAAAGAAUACGGUAGUAGUGAUCCCAAUGGCGCUUUGUUGAAAUUCAUCAGAGUGGAAGAGUGAUUGAAACAGAAAGGAAAAUCAUGGCGGGAAACCAAUCACCUGGUGAUUAUUGAGGCUGUCAGAGAAAGACAGGAAUGUGCGAGCGAAGAUAAGUAUGCAGUUUUACAAUGCUCCACUGGAAGUGUGGCUGUGGUCCGCGACAAGGCCAAUUAAUUAUAUCAAGUUUGCAAAUCAUGCCGCGAACGACAAUCGAACCGUUUACGGGUUCCCGCGGAAAUCGAACAUAUCCACGACGAUUGGAACCGUCGUUGGCGGUGAGGUCAGCAUAGGCACCAACGUCGAACUCGAUGAUGAUAAUGAUGAAGACGAGGCAAUCGAUCGACUGAUGUCACUGAAUAAUUAUUGGGCCCUGUUGGCCAUAGUGUUGGUAUUUGGUACCGCUGCUGGCAACAUCCUGGUGUGUCUGGCCAUCGUGUGGGAAAGGCGGCUGCAAAAUGUGACCAAUUACUUUCUGAUGUCUCUCGCCAUCACUGAUUUGAUGGUGGCCCUCUCGGUGAUGCCACUGGGAAUUCUCACUCUGGUCAGAGGUUAUUUCCCAUUGCAGUCGGAAUACUGCUUGGUGUGGAUAUGUUUAGACGUACUUUUCUGCACCGCCAGCAUCAUGCAUCUGUGCACUAUUUCAGUGGAUCGAUAUCUUUCCCUACGUUAUCCGAUGCGCUUCGGGCGGAACAAAACCCGGAAGCGGGUGGUGCUGAAGAUAAGCUUUGUAUGGCUGUUAUCAAUCGCGAUGAGCCUACCGUUGAGCCUUAUGUAUUCGAAGAAUCACGCUUCAGUCUUAGUGAAUGGCACUUGUCAAAUCCCAGAUCCUGUCUACAAGCUGGUCGGCUCGAUAGUGUGCUUCUACAUUCCACUCUGCGUAAUGCUUAUUACCUACACACUAACGGUUCGACUAUUGGCCCAACAAAGUCAAAAUCUCGGCGGUGCAGCCGGUUCCGGCGGUUGGUCCAGUGGCUGGCUCGGUCAAGCACCUGCUCUGGAUCGUCGGAAUACUUGGAAAAGAAUCAUCAAGCUGAGCAUACCCUCGACGCCCAACCAUGCGCAUUCUGCUGCCUCGACUGAUACGGAACUCUCGACGUUAGACAAUCACGACCUCUGGUUACUGGAGACAAGCAUCCCUCACCCGACACCAUCCACGAUGACCGCAUUGCAUCAAUUUGGCGAGGAAAUGCUGAAGCUUUCCCGCGGUUUGGAAAGCGUUAAUAAUAACAGCAGCUGCUGUGCCACUCAGAGUAGCGGCGGUGGUUCUUUAUUGCCACCUGCACUGCAAUCCGAUGGUGAAAAUGGGAGCAACAACAGGAAUUCUUGCUCUGGGAAAACUCAAUCGCUUAGAAAAAAAUCGCUCCCAAUGCCUAUAAAACCGGUGGUGCAAGAGAAACGCCGUUGCUCCUCAACUGCGUGGAUCAAACGACGCAACUCCACAACUCCCCCAUUGACGUCAAUGCGCAAGCGUUUCAAAAGUCUUCCCUUUGUGGUGCCCCCGAAGGAUGGUACAGAUUCGAAUAUUGUUGUGGAUGAUAUAUUCCUCCAGGAGGAAGCUCGACGUAGCAAAGAGAAAACCUCGUCGAAAAGGUCGAAGAACCAUUACCACGACGAAGACGCCACUCAACCUGCGAUUGAGAAUGACGAUAGCAGCCGUAGUUAUAGUGACACUAGUGAGGGGAACUCGGGGAAUCCUCUAAGACUGCCGCCUCCAUGCAAAUGCCCUUAUUUCGGGGAGGGCUGCAGCAAGCAGCAAUACGAUGGAAUUCGGCCAGCCGAGAUCAAGAUAGUGAAGACGUCUUCAAACUUUAGCACAAUUUCAAAUUUUGAAACACAAAUUUAUAGUAACAUUUCGAUUUCUUCACAACCCACACAAUCGACCUCUAGUAGUUUAUCUACGCUGCCGGCAUCGUCGAUGGUUUCUCCAAAUAAAAAGUAUAACAAUCUCAAAAGUGUAUCGGUGGUUACGUGGAACUCCCAACGACAUCAACGGCGAGGAUCCAGCUUCGGUGGAGCGCGAACAUCUCUAAUGUUGCCUACGGGCAAACCUAGUGCAUCGAACUCCACCUUGCGGCGUUCGGCUACCCUGCGACAACACACGGAGGGUACACCAUCAAUCAUCGUGUCCGGCGGAGACAUCCGGAGUCCAAGGAAAAACAGCUCAUCACCGUGUUUGAUACAGCGACACACCACCAUCCGGUCACAUCACUCGCGCAACUCCAGCGUCAUCUCACGAAACUCGUCGCGUCACGGACGCAUCAUUCGGCUGGAACAAAAGGCCACCAAGGUGCUCGGCGUAGUAUUUUUCACAUUUGUCGUGCUGUGGGCUCCAUUUUUUGUGCUGAAUCUUUUGCCUAGUCUGUGUCAGGAGUGCGAGGAGAACAUUAGCCAUUGGGUGUUUGAGUUUGUCACCUGGCUCGGUUAUGCCAGCAGUAUGGUUAAUCCUAUUUUUUAUACAAUCUUUAACAAAGCAUUUAGAGACGCGUUUAAGAAGGUGUUGCUGUGUCGAUACGGUGCAAAACCUUCGUGGCAACCCUGUAGCUAGCAAAUCCCUAUCGCUCGUUCGAUUGCCAGCGAACCAGUAUAGGAAACUUUUCUACUGAUGACACAGCUCACUGUAUUUUAUCAAUGAAGAGUAGUUGAUAAAAAAUUGGAGGUAAAUUUGCUCGG